AUGGCGCUCCUGACUCGUGUUUUGCGGCGAGUGUCGCCUUAUUUCCACGCUAGGUCUGAAUCCACGGUGGCCAGCUUCACCAAGGAUGAGAUCCUCAUACUCUUGAGACCACCCUUUACAAAUUGGAGCAACAUCAUACGUGAAGCGGAGAAAGUUGUCGGCUACCCGACAUCCUUCAUCAACUUGAGAUGUCUUCUUAGCGAUGAGUUUUCAAACCUGGCUCUGUAUUUAAGGAAACUGGUUGGUAGCAACCAUCUCGUGAUGCAAACAGCUAAGAACGUUCUCUAUGGAGACACGAAGAAUCUUCAGCCCUGGGGUCUGGUCAUCUCUCUACUGUCGAAGUCCGUCAAAUCUUCCACAACUCCUGAACACGUAUACAACCAGCAGCGCCAACUGGCUGAGCUUACAGAAAUGAUGAGAACAGGCCACCUCAUACACAGAGGCAUCGUCAACGUCCCAUUUGCGAAGCGAUCCAAAAACACUGAAUCAGCAAUCUUUGGCAACAAAAUCGCUAUACUUUUAGGUGACUACCUCCUAGUAACGGCUAACUCGAUGCUGGCGAACUUGAAAGAUCCAGAUGUUUUAUACAUCGUGUCAACAGCGUUACGAGAUCUAUCUGAGAGCGAAUUCUUUGGUGAACGAGAUGAACAGAACAUGCCUCUACCUGGCAAACCGAAAAAAUCGAUUGAAGACUUGGAAAUAUCAUUCGAUACAACGACUAUCGAGGCUAGCGAUGUUCUAGGGAAGCCGAGGAAGGAAUGGACCACCAGAACGGUGUAUAACGGAGUGAGUCUUUUAGGCAGGGGUUGCCAAUCUGCUAUGCUGAUCGGAAAACAGAAUAGAGAUAUUCAGAACUACGCUUUCCACUUCGGCUGCCAUGUAGGCUUAGCUUGGCAAGCGGCCACGGAACUCCAAAGACUGACAUCAGAUAAGGGUCAGUUUUGCUUGGCGAGUGCUCCCGUACUCUUCGCUUUAGAGGGAAAUCCGGAUCUAUACAAGAUAAUCGAUCAAGCGAAAAACGACGUUAAUGACGUCGACUACGAGGAUCUUAAGUUCAAUAUAUUGAAAACUGACGCGAUUGAUAAAACGAGAAUGCUUUACAGAGACCACGCGAGUAAAGCGAUGUCCUUCAUAGAUAAUAUAGGACAGAACGAAUCCACUGAGAUGAUCAAGAAGUUGGUUAACACGUUUUAA